AUGGCUUCUCUUCUUGACCCUCCAACAUUUUCAGCUUCGUUACCCCACUUCUUCAAGAUCAUUCUAGAGGACAGUUCUAAAAUCAGAAUUAAAAUUCCAAUGAGGUUUUUGAUGAAAUAUGGAGAGAAUUUAUCAAGUCCAGUACAUCUUAAGCUUCCAAAUGGUGCGGAAAUGGAAAUAGAGCUCAGAAGAUGCAACAAUGGUGAGGUUUGGUUUGACAAGGGUUGGCCAGAGUUCUCAAAGUUUUGCUCUCUUGACUAUGGUAGUUGGCUAGUCUUUGGAUAUGAAGGGAACUCCAACUUCCAUGUGUUGAUAUUUGAUAGAACUGCUACAGAAAUUGAAUAUCCUAAGCCUGAGAUGGAAGAAACUGAUUCUGAAGAACAAGAUGAUGCUGAUGAUGGAUCUGUUGAAAUCUUGGAUGUUUCUGAAGAAGAAGAAGAAGAAGAAGAAGAAGAAGAAGAAGAUGAUGCUGAUAACGAAUCUGUUGAAAUCUUGGAUGUUUUUCCACCCUGCCCAAGAAAAGCACGGGAGAUAUCUCCAUUGCCAUGUCCUCAACCGCACAAAAAAAUGAGAACACGUUCGAGUGGAAUGAUGCUUGAAGAGUCACUGAGAAACAAGGCCUCAGAUUGCUCCAAAUCAGAAAUGAAAAGGGACAAAUCUCCAUUAGUACCAUCAGAGGUCAAAGAUGGUGUUGGGAGGAUGCAUAUAUCAACUACGAGUGGAAAAGCUAUAGCUCUUCAGAGAGCUAUUGCUUUCAAAUCUCCAAUGCCAUCCGGGUUUGCCAAGAGACAUCUUAUUGAGCACCCUGCUGGUAAUGUUGUCCUUCGGGUUUCAGAUGGACGAACUUGGUCUGUUAAAUUCAAAUAUGAAAAAUCAAUAGCUCGAUUCCAGUAUGGUUGGUUGGGAUUUGUAAGGGACAACAAUUUGGAAGUGAACGAUGCGUGUGUCUUUAGCUUGAUCGAGGACGUGAAACUUUCAUUUGAUGUUGUCUUUUUCCGGACUACAGAAGAAGCUGCAAAUUGCCCCUUGUCUCCAGGCAACACAUCUCUAGAUCGGGGAACCACAACUAAUCAAGGAGACAUGAUUUUCCAACUAAAAAAAGGUGGUGGAGGCACAUCUAGCAAUCGAACUGGAAAAGCUACAGCUCUUGACAGAGCGAAUGCUUGCAGAUUGCAAAACCCUUCUUCUUUUAUUGUUUCGAUUAGGCCCAGUUACAUCAAUGGUCGUUGGAGGUUGUGGUUGCCAUCCAAGUUUUACAAGCUAUCUCCUAGUAUUAAGCAUUCCUGUGAAGUCAUCCUUCAAGUUUCGAAUGGGAGAACUUGGUCUGUUGGUUUGAGCAAAGGAAGGCCCAGAUUCAGGCGUGGUUGGAUGGAAUUUGUGCGUGACAAUCAUUUGGAAGUUGGUGAUACGUGUCUUUUUGUGUUGAUUUCCAGCAAAAGUACACCUUUAUUUGAUCUUGUCAUUUUCCGCUCUGGAGAAGGUGCAAAGUGCACCAAUGAUGGGGAGCAAAUAGUACCUACGAAGGAAGAAACUGAUAAUGAAGAUGGGGAUUCGAGUGAUGAUUCUAGUAACGAUUCGAGUGAUGAUUCUGGUGAUGAUUCUGUUGAAAUCAUGGACAAGUUUCCACCCCCAAGAAAAACAAGGGUGGUGAAAAGUCCUUAUCAAUUGAUUAUUGAUCUUUAA